UACUAUUUUGUGUGUGUGAAACAAAUGGUUGAGAGGCAGGUGCAAUGCAACACAUUACUUGUAUUUAAGAUCUCAGUAGUUUCAUUUAAUAACUUACUGUUUUCCAGAGGUGGAAAGAGUACUGAAAUAUUCUACUCAAGUAAAGUAGGGACAUACUGACUAAUAUCCACCAAGCGCAUAAGCAUGAUGUCAAAUUCAAGGUCUACCAGGUGCUGUUUGAGGCAGAGAGGGACAUCCCAAAGGAAUAAAACACAGACAGAUGCUCUUUGGGACAUAGUUUCUUUUUCUUGUCAAAAUCAAGUUCUCCAAAUAUUCAUGACCGUUUGAAUGUGGAGUUAUGCUAGUGUUUUGAUAUAUUUAAAAGGCACACUAUUUGUUUGUAUAUUGAAGUUACAUGUCAUAUCUUGCAGCUCAUAAUCUAAGAACUGUACACAGAUGGGACCUUGACAGUCCUGAGUUUUAAUAGCCAUAAGCGGGUAAAUUCUUCCUCAGCGAUGACUAGCUCCAGGACGGUGUGUGUAGCUAUGUUGGAUGUUCUUCUGAUCCGUUCAGCACUGAACAAUGGACUGACUGGAUGGACAAAUUAACCAUGGACAUCUUUGCUCUGUUCAUGUUUCUACUUUCAUGCAGGAUUAACGCAGUUGGAGCUCAGGUAAAACUGGUGCCUGAAACCCUGACAGUCCUGCAAGGGGAUGAGGCCCGCUUCACCUGCAGCAUCUCUAACACCAAAUGGGCCGCUAUGGUGUGGACCCUGAACAAUGAAGUGGUGCUCACCAUCUCCAGAAAGUACGGCAUCCUUCCUUCUCAGGACCUUAAUGUGACGGCACAGAAUGCGUCUUCUUCAAAGGAUGACAGCUGGGUGUUUAUCCUUAAGAACACAGACAGACAACAAGAGGGACCAGUGGCCUGUAACAUCCAGGACUUUGAGAGGAAAACAGCAAAUCUGUUUGUACAAGAAAAGGGCAGUGUGAAAGUCUUUGGAGACAACAAGUUGGCUUUCAGAGGGCAUUCAGUCCUGUUUGAAUGCCGAGCAGCAGGAUGGUACCCUCAACCCACUUUGCGAUGGCAGGUGACUGACAAAAAGGUGAGCGAGGGUGAAUACACCAUCAGUAGUGAAGCGUCUGGGAUCAGCCUCUUCACUGUGAGCAGCACCCUCAAUGUGACGGCAGUGAAGAGCUCUCGUGUGGAUUGUCUGGCCUCUGUGUCUGCCCUCCCCAAACCACUGAGGAGCAGCGUCCAUCUGACAGUGGUUGCGGAGGUGGUGGAGGAGGAAGGAGUUGACUGCACAGUCCCGCUGGCAGUAACGGCCUCCCUCUCCGCUUUUCUUCUGCUCCUCCUGCUCUGCAUCUGCACUGUCCUCUGUUACAGACAAAGGAGACAAGCAAAACAAAGCCAGCAGGAAGCAGUAAGAUUCGACCCAUCAGUGAACGUGCAAAGCUCGGUUGCUGCUGUGACAGGGGGGAACGUCAACCUGGGAUACUCUAAUGAAGGCCUCACAGAUGCAGCUCACAAUGAGCUAAUCAUGGAAACUCGUAGACAGAUGGAUUUUGCCAGCUUUAACAAGGUUCCUGAUCUCGUGUCAUUCAGAAGCCAGUCUCUACACGACAGCCAAGCCCAGGUGAACAUCAGGAGAUUGACCACAGUUUGAAUACAUAUUAAUAACUUUAUAUUGUUAACUAAAUUGUAUGCCAUUGAGUUGUACAGUGUCUAUAAGUGGGACUCUCAUCAGUCUUUGAAUAGUAUGAUGUUUGUUAAGCUACAAGCUGAUGCCAUGUGUACAGUACAAUACGUUUGCAAAAAAUAUUAUUAUGUAAUACCUUUAGUGGAUAACAUAUCAAUUAAUCCUUUAAACAUUUAAAUUGCUUUAUAUAGUAUAUCACAAAAACAGAUUUCUGUAUUUUUUUAUUUUCAAUAAAUGCUAUUUUUGUGCUCUUUUA